UAGCCAUUGAAUUCUGCUGCCAUUCGCCUUAUGACAAUUUCUAUCAGAGAUCAGUGUGUUAUCCGUUCUCAAAUCUGUGUAUAUAUAUCUAGUGUACAUACAUUCUUAUCUGGCAUUGUUCAGAGUGGGACAAUAGCAUGUAAAUGAGUUGCCGACUAACGUUGAAAGAUUAGUCGCGGUUGAGUCCAUCGUGUGGAAAGUUCAGUUACUUUGGCUUGAAGAACCAAGAGAGACUAGCGAAAAGUAAUCAAGCAGAUAUAAUUAAGAAAUAGCAUGGCACCAAAUACCAUGAGGAGACUGUUUCUUAUUAUUUGCAUAACUAUGAUAACCAAUGCAAUAGAAGACAUGGAAUUCUGGCGAAACGUGGCACGUGAUGAGCUCAAAGAAUCUUUGACAUACAGAUGGAAUACAAACACUGCUAAAAAUGUCAUAUUAUUCGUAGGCGAUGGUAUGAGCCCUGAUACUAUAACAGCUAGUAGGAUUUACCAUAGGGGCGAGGAGAGUUAUCUCUCGUGGGAAAAAUUUCCGCACGUUGGUCUUCUGAAGACAUACGACGUUGAUAAGCAAGUGCCUGAUUCUGCGGCGACUGCCACGGCAUUGUUUAGUGGAGUUAAAACUAAUUAUGAAGUUGUCGGUUUGGACGCGAACAUACCAUUGGCUGAUUGCAAGUCAAGUCUGAAUUCUACUUACCACACGGAUACAAUUAUUAGCUGGGCGCAAGAUGCUGGGAAAGCGACGGGUUUUGUUACUACUACAAGGGUGACGCACGCAACUCCUGCUGCUCUCUAUGCACAUUGUCCUGAUCGAAGAUGGGAGUGCGAGGCCAAAGUGCCGAAAACGGCAUCCAACUGUAAAGACAUAGCGAGACAGUUGAUCGAGGAUGAGCCCGGGAAAAAAAUAAAUGUAAUCAUGGGAGGUGGAAGGCAAGUUCUGGUAUCGGAUGUCGUAAAUGGUACCAAUGAUCCUAUAGAUACCUAUGCCUGCUACAGUAAAGAUGGAAGAAAUUUGAUAAGCGAUUGGUCCUCUGAUAAGAAAUUAUUAGGUGCUUCGUAUGCGGUGGUACAAAAUAAUAAAGAACUCAGCGAGGUGGAUACCGAGAACACGGACUUUCUCUUAGGAAUAUUUUCAAAUGGUCAUUUAACCAUGGAUUAUGCAAGGGAUCAAAGCCCAGAAGGUCAACCAAGUCUUGAGGAGAUGACCGUGACAGCGCUUAAAAUUCUACAGAAAUCCAAAACCGGGUACCUACUAAUGGUCGAAGGAGGACUUAUCGAUUUUGCUCAUCACAGAGGUCACGCUGCUCAGGCUCUUCAAGAAACUACAAGAUUUUCAGACGCCAUUAAUGCAACAUUGAGCAUGAUAGAUACCACUGAUACACUUGUCAUUGUCACAAGCGAUCAUACGCAUGCUUUGUCUUUCAAUGGAUAUAGCGAUAGAGGAUCAAACAUUCUUGGUAUCGCACAGAAAUCCAGAUAUGAUGGAAUUCCCUAUACUAUACUCAGCUACAGUACUGGUGGAGUUAACAAUAUGGCCUACAAGAUCGGUGAUCGUGAAGCAGUGAGGAUAAAUGUAUCCUUAUAUAACACUAGUGAUUUCACUUACAGUCAACAAGCUGCGAUUAUUUCCGAUGAAGCUUAUCAUGGAGGUGGCGACGUAGCCGUUUACGCUUUAGGUCCCUAUGCACAUCUGUUUCAUUCAACUCACGAACAGAACUUCGUGGCUCAAGUAAUCGCUUAUGCUGCUAAAAUCGGAGAAUAUGACAGUUCUGCUGCGCACGUGAUAUACAUGAAUAGCAAUAUCUUGUACUUAAUUAUUACUGUAGUUCUAGUUCAGAUUAGUUGGUCUUUAAUAUAGAAAAAAAACCAGAUAAAUGGCACGUGGUGACAUUCGCAAAUAGACCUUAACGAAUCACGUGCUACUCUGAUGCAAUUGAAUGGAUUUAAAAAUUAUCAGUAACAAAAAAAAUUGUGCGCGAUUAGGUGCAGUAAUCGCGCCGGCUAGUUAGAUCAAAUAUAAUAUGUAAUAGUCGAUAAUGCGUUAC